UCGGCUAGCUUUUCUCCCCGGGCGCUCAGAAGUGGCAGAAGCAAAUAAAAGGAGCAAAUGACACUGUGAUUCCUCAUCUCACGUUGGAAUAGUCCGGAUACGUCUUCAAGCAGCAAAGAGCGAAGACGUCCAGGCGGGGUGGGUGGGUUUGGGGACGUAGUGGUUCUGCUGGCCUCUCUGUAAGAGCCACCACAGGUAAGCCAAUGACGAAGAGAGACAUGCAGGGAAGUCCUUGAGACAGGCAGCAAGGAGUUAAACACAGAUUUAUGGAUAUGGAAGGGGGAAAAAAAACCACCCGCCUCACAAGAGAUGGGAGUCUGGACCGUACUCUCUUCCAUGGCCGCUGUUUGAUUUCUCCAGAGCUCAGGUGCAGUAAAACCUGCCCACCGCAGAGCGCUGCUGAACCUUGACCCUCAGAGAGUGAUAACAGCUCUGUCUGUCAGUCGAUGAAAAGACAGUUUCUGGUGGAUUUAACCAGUCAACCUGUUGUCUAACAUCUCUUGUUAGCGAGAGGAGUGGUCUUGAUAAGAGCAGGCUGCACUCAUAUUGGUCCACUUGGAGGCAGAGCAGUCCCGGACAGUGCUUCGGACCUCUAAUCCAGAAACCACCAACAAUCUCCAGAAGAUCUUCACAAAGCAUUUUGAAAGUGUUUCUCUCCCAAACUGGACAGAAGCAUCAUGUUGAGUAAAGACCUUCCAGACAUCGAGAGCAUCCUGGCUCUGAAUCCCAGGGUGAAAACUCAUGCUCAGAUCAUGUCCACUGCAAACAAGAAGAGAGAAAAGAAACACUGGAAGCGAAACCCUGACAGGAACUGCGAUUCUUGUGUGAAGUUAGAGAACAACUUUGACGAUAUCAAACACACAACGCUGAGCGAGCGCGGAGCUCUACGAGAGGCACUGAGGUGUCUAAAAUGUGCCGAUGCUCCCUGUCAGAAGAGCUGCCCGACUAACCUGGACAUCAAGUCAUUUAUUACAAGUAUCUCUAAUAAGAACUACUAUGGGGCAGCGCGGGCCAUCCUAUCUGACAACCCGCUGGGUUUGACCUGUGGAAUGGUUUGUCCCACAUCAGAUCUGUGUGUAGGAGGCUGCAACCUGUAUGCUUCUGAGGAAGGACCCAUUAACAUCGGGGGAUUACAGCAGUUUGCUACCGAGGUGUUUAGUAAGAUGGGCAUUGCUCAGAUCAGGAAUCCUGAACUCCCACCAUCCAAUGAGAUGCCAGAGUCUUACCACAGCCCUAUUGCUCUGAUUGGCUGUGGCCCAGCGUCCAUCAGCUGUGCUUCCUUUCUUGCCCGUCUUGGAUAUAGUAACAUUACUAUAUUUGAGAGACAGAGGUACAUUGGAGGGCUGAGCACAUCAGAAAUCCCCCAGUUCCGGCUUCCCUAUGAGGUUGUCCAGUUUGAAAUAGACCUGAUGAAGGAUCUGGGAGUCAAGGUGGUGAUUGAGAAGGGUCUAGGUGUGAACGGAAUGACUCUGACGUCCCUGAAGGAGGAAGGAUUUAAGGCAGUCUUUAUUGGGAUUGGUCUCCCCCAGGCCAACAGAGCUAAAAUCUUCCAGGAUUUAACCAUGGAUCAAGGCUUCUUCACUUCCAAAGACUUUCUGCCCAUGGUGGCCUCAACCAGCAAGAAAGGUAUGUGUCAGUGUCGCUCUUCUCUGCCAGACUUAAGAGGCGUAGUGAUAGUUUUGGGGGCUGGAGACACUGCGUUUGACUGCGCCACCUCAGCUCUUCGCUGUGGAGCCAAGAGAGUGUAUGUCUGCUUCAGGAAGGGAUUCACUAACAUCAGGGCUGUUCCUGAAGAGGUGGAGCUGGCUAAGGAAGAGCAGUGUGAGUUCCUGCCCUACCUGUCUCCCCGUGAGGUCAUCAUGAAGAACGGACGGGUUGCCGGGUUACAGUUCUGUCGCACCGAGCAGACUGAGGAAGGCGAUUGGCUGGAAGAUGAGGACCAAAUUGUCAGGCUGAAGGCUGAUUACAUCAUCAGUGCCUUUGGCUCCAUGUUGAACGAGCAGCAAGUGACUGUGGCCAUGGCUCCUGUGAAGAUGACCCGCUGGGGUACUCCAGAGGUGAACACAAACACCAUGCAGACCAGUGAGCCCUGGGUGUUUGCAGGAGGAGACAUCGCUGGUUUGGCAAACACCACAGUGGAAUCAGUGAACGAUGGCAAACAGGCCUCAUGGCAUAUUCACAGAUACAUCCAGUCCCUGCAUGGACAGACAUUGGACCCAGUCCCAAAGCUUCCAUUGUUCUACAGUGCUAUAGAUCAGGUGGACAUCAGUGUCGAGGUUUGUGGAAUAAAGUUUCCCAACCCGUUUGGCCUGGCCUCUGCUCCUCCUACCACCAGCACAGCCAUGAUCAGAAGAGCCUUUGAGCAAGGAUGGGGUUUCGCUCUGACCAAGACAUUUGGACUGGAUAAGGACCUGGUAACCAAUGUGUCUCCUCGAAUUGUGCGUGGCACCACCUCAGGUCAUUUAUAUGGACCAGGCCAGGGCUCCUUCCUCAACAUUGAGCUCAUCAGUGAGAAGACAGCAGCCUACUGGUGUCAGUCAGUCGCUGAGCUGAAGAAGGACUUCCCCAACAAUGUGGUGAUUUCCAGUAUAAUGUGUGGUUACAACAAGGAAGACUGGACAGAAUUAGCCAAGAUGGCAGAGAAAUCAGGAGCAGAUGCCCUGGAGCUGAACCUGUCUUGCCCUCAUGGGAUGGGAGAGAGAGGCAUGGGACUGGCCUGUGGACAGGACCCAGUGCUUGUGCGUAACAUCUGUUGCUGGGUGCGUGCAGCCAUUUCCAUUCCAUUCUUUGCCAAACUGACACCAAACGUUACCAAUAUUGUUGACAUUGCCAAGGCUGCUCAUGAAGGCAGAGCAGAUGGAGUCACAGCCACCAACACAGUCUCAGGUAUGAUGGGACUGAAGUCAGAUGGCUCCCCCUGGCCAAGUGUUGGAAUGGAAAAACGCACCACGUAUGGAGGGGUGUCCGGUAAUGCCAUCAGACCCAUCGCUCUCAGAGCAGUGUCGGCCAUCGCCAAUGCAAUUCCUGGUUUCCCUAUUCUGGCCACUGGGGGUAUUGACUCAGCAGAGACUGGACUACAGUUUCUCCACGCUGGGGCCUCAGUGUUACAGGUGUGCAGUGCAGUUCAGAACCAGGAUUUCACAGUUAUUGAGGAUUACUGUGUAGGUCUGAAGACGUUGUUGUACCUCAAGAGCCUGGAGCUGAAAGACUGGGACGGUCAGUCUCCUCAGACAGAGAGACAUCAAAAAGGAAAACCAGUUCCCAGACUAGAGGACGCGGUCGGAAAGAGCCUCCCCAGCUUUGGUCCAUACCUCCAGCAGAAGAAAGAAGCCAUCGCAGAGUACAAGAAACAGCUCAGAGGUGCUGGUAAAACUGAUGUGAUGGAAACCAACAUCCCUCGCAUUCGUGCACCCAAAAAACCUGUUCCUGCUGUCAAGGAUGUCAUAGCCAGAGCACUGCGCCACAUUGGAUCAUACCAGGAACUCAACAACAUGGAGCAGGUCCAGGCUUUGAUAGAUGAAGAGAUGUGUAUCAACUGUGGUAAAUGUUACAUGACCUGCAAUGACUCUGGAUACCAGGCCAUAAAGUUCAACCCAGAGACCCACUUUCCCUCAGUGAUUGACAGCUGUACGGGUUGCACUCUGUGCCUCAGCGUCUGUCCAAUCAUAGACUGCAUCAAGAUGGUUACCAGGACAACGGCCUAUAAACCCAAGAGGGGUGUACCCAUUAGUCCUGUCUGCUAAAAGGAAAGACUUUCUUCUUUCAAAACUUUCUAUGUAGUGGCGUGCCAUCAGGACAAGAAAGGCAAGCAGCGCUUGAACAGUUAAACCUAAAAAUAGACAUCAAUUAGAACGAUAUUGAAGUGGAAGCGAUAAAGGAUCUGAUAUUGCCUGUUUGCAUUCAUCUUGUAAUUUACUGCCCUCUUGUGGCCGCAGUAGGCUAUUGUCUCUGGAAGCUAGCUUCAUUGCCGGCUGUUGAAUCUAUGGCUUUGUUCAGACUGUCGACAGAUCCGAUUUGUUUCUCAAAUCAGAUCUUUAGGACAGACUGUCCGCACUGUUAUUUGCAAGUGAUCAGAUUGGAUUUGUGUGUCCAGACAUCAACAACCUAUCUGCAUGGGUUGCUGUGGUAACGACGUAGGCGUCGUCAUGCUGGUGACAUGGCUUUUCGACGUGGAAGCAUGAGAAAUGGAGGUCCAUCAUCUUCUCGUCCAAACAAUCGCGCCGUCAAGUUGUCCUCCAUAGCACUAACAAACUGUACUCUCUGAUAGCGCUCUGCUAGUAGCAGCAUGGACUCUGUUCAAUCAGUCACCCUGGAUUUAACAUCGUCAUUGUAUGUCACGUUGCAAGUGACGCAAGAGACACUUUGGAAUCCGAUUUGAGCAGUCAGAGCAUCUGGACUGGGAUGCAUCUGUCGAGAUCUGACUGGAAUCGCAUUUCAAACCACCUCCAAAUGUGGUUUGCAAAAAUCACAUUUCAUGUGGUUUUUCACUGUCCAGACUUUCUAAAAGUGAUCAGGAUACAAAGUGGAUAUGCCCAAAAACUGAUUUGGGGCUGGCAGUCUGAACAAGGCCUCAAAUUUCUGUCAUUUUUGUGGGCGUGUCAUUUAAAAAGGCUGGGGCUUGUCAAGCAGGGGGGGAGCAAUUUUUUGGACAUUUGCACAUGUGCAUUGUGGAUAAUUCUGGGAUCUGACAGGUGACUGGCUAUAGCUAGCUGCAUACAACUGUGCUUUACCAUUGGGGUUUUACUUUGUUCUUCAGCUCUGCUUGUCUCCCUGUAAAAGUCACCGCACGCCACUAUUUCUACCAUUUUAAUAAUGGAGAUCAGAUAUUAUAAAUUUCGGUUUUACAACUAAUUAAUCUGCCAUGUGAAGUUUGAGACCUUUUUUCCUGGUAAUGCAAGUUAUUUGGAUGGUAUAAAAAGUUAAAAAAUUAUUGAAUAAUGACGUCCAAUAUGUUUAUCUUCUUGAUAGAAAAAGGAGAGUGUGAGUUUAUGGUAAAUUUUAAGAAAUACUAGCACCAAUAAUACCACUGUAGUUCUGACUCAAAUUAUGUUAUAAGUUGUGAAUUCUGCUUUGUUGUAAUAUUUGUUAAAUGAAUUAAUGUAAUAGGAAAUGCAUCGUUGAUACAGUAUAGUCUAUGAUUUAAAAAAAGGUUUUCUGAUGCAGCCAACCAUCUGAGCCGUGGAGCACAAACCAACACGAUUCUUGUAGGCAUCAAACACAAGUAGGAGAAAGAGUUCAGUAGUAGGACAUAUCUAAGGUUUCAUAGGGACAAGUUUUAUUCUGUCAUAAAACAACCCACACUUUUUCAUAUAUUCAUCUGAAAUAUGCAGAAACAUAAAACAAAUUAUAAACAGCAUAGAAAGCAAAGAGUUAUGCAUAAGAUUGAAGCAUGGCACAGGAUUGAAACACCAGAGGUUAAAAUAACUUCUUUCAAUAUUCAUGAUAACAACACAGACUGCUGAUCCUGCUCCAUAGGCAUUUACUCUAUACAUGACCUGCUACCAGAUACUGAAAGCUGUUGGGAAUGUUUAACCAUUGUAGUGAUCUGAAAUGCCCUGUACUUAUAUAGGCUCUAAGAUUAAAGUCAAAGAUAUAAUGAAUAAAAUUACUUUGUACAAUCUAACAUUAAGGAACAUUAUUUUUUUAUUUAAAAAAUGUAAAAAAAAAAUGUAAAAAAAGUUGGACUCCAUUGGAAGUCACAUCAAGAAAAUUUAGUUUCAGCAGGUUUACUAUGUACUAUUUCUUUUGUAUGGUUUGUCACAUGUCUCAGUCAUCGUGGAUCAAACUGUGAGGAAACUCAGACUUUCCAAAUUGAGCUGACGGUCUGAAGGAUGUACACAAGUUACAGACAGUGGUGGAAGAAGUAUUCAGACAUUCUUUAUAUUAGAUUUAUUAGCAAAAUGUAGAUAAGUAUUCAAAGUAAAAGUAAUCAUUCCACAGAAUGUGUG